AUGAGUGCAGUACCUAUUGUUAAACUUGGUGCAGGCAAAGAAUUAACACCCGAAGAUAUGGAAGUAUUGAAAGAGCGUUCAAAACUUGGUGAAAACGACAUAAAAAAACUACAUGCAGAAUUCUGGCGUGAUAAUCCAGAUGGCAUCAUGACCGAUAUAACAUACGAAAAAUUCUAUCAGGAACAUAAAACGGGCAAUAUUGUACGAAAAUUUCCUCGCGAACUCGCAUUUGUUCUCUUCGAUACGAAUCGCGACAAAAAACUUGACUUUGUGGAAUUCUUAAUGGCCAAUGCUUUCGCAUCGGCGGAUAAUAGACGUGAAGCAUUAGGAUAUUUAUUCGAUAUGUGCGAUACUUCUCUCGAUGGAAGAAUGGAUAUGAUUGAAUUAGCAAGUUUGAAUACGAUCAUCACUAGCAGUGCAAAGGAGACUCAGAAUGCCUCGGCUUAUGAAACUAUGAGAGUCGCCGGAAAGAUUUUCAGUUUUAUCGGUUUGAACACAGAAAGGAAAUUGACUAAAGAACAAUUCAUUGCAGAAUGUGAAAACGUUCCAUUAAUCACAAGCAUGUUCAAAAUCAAGAAAUAA